AUGGACGCUAGAUCGCUUCUAGUUUUGAUGUGCAUAGUUCAGACCGCGUCUGGGGCGUUAUGGGGAGAAGUUGUUCAUGGAAAAGUAGUGAAGUUCUGCAAACACAAAGGAAUUCGCCUUCUUCCAACGUCGACCUUUAUCGACUAUCACGAUUGUUCAAGAUGUGAGUGCUCAGACGAUGGGUUGUCUUGCCAGAGCGUGGGACUUACCGUGAAGGCGGUAGGAGAGACGAAAUGCUCCAAUGUUACGAUAGCUUGCAAGGACACGUGGGUGCUGAAGGCUGACACCACGAAGAAGUGCCCUACGCAUCUGAUGCCAAAAGCUAUGACAGCAGUUGGAAAAUAAUAAGAAUGCCAGUUCUGAGAUCCCAUGCGUUUAUUAACAUAAACUUUGUCUAAUUUCUGAAACUAUUAAUUACAUUAUAAAUAAAUUACAUUCGAUUA